UCUGGCUCGCGUCGCUCUGUGUGGCAGAGGAAGGCACACACACCACGCACACACACCACGCACACGUGCGCGCGAACACACACACACACGUGCGCACACACACGCACGUGCGCGCGCGCACACGCCGACACGGGCACACACACGCUUACACAUUAAGGGUACCUGCCGGUCGAAUCUAAUCAAGAUCACAGUCACACGCGCGCGCGCGUAUACACACGCUGGAACACACGCCGCUCCAGGCACGAGCACGCACAGGCACGCAGACUCACACACGCACACGGGAAGGGAAGUAGGGAAGAGGAGGCGGAAGAAUAGGAAGAGAAGGAGGAGAGAGAAGACUGGAGCCUCCGGGAAGGACGCGGUGGCACGGAGGCCCCCGCCAGCUCCCGGGAGAGACGGGCGGAUGGACGCGCGACUCCCCGGAGCCCGGCUUCUGCUGUUCCUGCUCACGCUGCCAGAGUCACUGCCCGACCUGCAGGGGAGGAGCGGCGACGUGGGGAGGGGACGCCAGGUGGUGGCGCGCGCAGGUGACACAGUGAUCCUGGGCUGUGACGUGAGCCACGGCGGACUGGGGAGGCCUCCUCCAUACGUCAUCGAGUGGUACAAGAACGAGAUCCCCUUCCCGCUGCUCAUCCAGUUCGGGUCGUACCCCCCGCGCAUCGACCCCGCGUACGCAGGGAGGGUGAGCCUCUACGAGAUGGGCUCUCUGCGCAUGGAGACGGUGCAAGCCGAGGACUCGGGCUGGUACGAGUGUAAUGUGCUCUUCCUGGACAAGCAGUACGACCCCUUCGCCAACGGAACUCGCACCUACCUGGCCGUGCGUGCUCCACCCCGGUUCCGGGACACUCCACCGCCCUACAUGGAGGUGCGCCAGGGUUCAGAGGUGACGCUGGCGUGCAGCGCCUACGGGCGCCCCGAGCCCAUCGUGGGCUGGCGCAAGGACGGCCGCCGCCUGCCCAAUGGCGCCAAGUACCAGGUGCUCAACGGCAAAUUGACCAUUCCCAACGCCGAUCGCUCCGACAAUGGAAUCUACGCCUGCUGGGCUUCCAGCAACCAAGGAGAGUCGAUCCACAUCACCCGCCUUCUGGUGCAAGGUUCUCCUGUGAUCGUUCUGCCUCCCCGGAACGUAACGGCCAACAUUACCCAGCAUGCACUGUUCUCCUGCCGUGCCGAGGCCUACCCGUCCAACGUCACAUACUCGUGGUUCAAGGCCGACAAGAACGUUCACGCUGUCAGUGGGCUGGAGGGGCGUGUGCGGGUGCUGCUGGACGGGAGCCUGCUCAUCUACCGCGCCAGCCCAAACGACGCGGGGGCCUACUCCUGCGUGGCGAGCAAUGGCCUGGGCAACGCCGCCACCGCCUCGGCGCACCUCACCAUCCACUACCCGGCGCGGGUGGUGGGCAUGCCGGCGGUGACGUACGUGCCCAUUGGCCUGGCCGGCUUCGUGCGCUGCCCCGCGGACGCAGUGCCCCCCGUGUUGCGUAUCGACUGGAAACGGGACGGCCGACCUCUUGACCUGCAAGCGAUGCCGGGGUGGUCCCAGCGGGCAGACGGGGCGCUGGUGAUCCCCGAGGUGAGCAAGGCGGCGCUGGGCUCCUACAGUUGCACCCCGUACAACGCCUACGGCAGCGUGGGGGAGUCAGCCAGCACCCAGCUCAUACUCAAGCCUCCACCAUACUUUACGCUGGUACCGGCGCGGGAAUACAAGCAGGAGGUGGGGCGUGAGCUGCGCAUCCCCUGCUCGGCGGUUGGGGACCCACCCCCCUCCUACUCCUGGAGGCAGGAGGGCCACCUGCUGCCCCAGCAGCCCCCGGCACGUGACGGCACGCUCUACAUCCGGGCACUGCACAAGGAGGACUCGGGCCGCUGGGCCUGCGUGGCUUCAAACGUGGUGACCAGCAUCAGCGCCGACACGUACCUCUACGUCACCGGCACCACGCCCCACUCGGCGCGCGACCUCCACGCCUCUUCCGCCCUCGACUCGGCCAAUCUGUCGUGGGCCCCGGGCUACGACGGUGGAUAUGCCCAGCACUUCACCGUCUGGGUGAAGCGGCUCGACCGACGGCCGUCCUACUGGGACCCGCUGCCGGUGCCUGCUGCUCACUCGGAGAUCACCGUGGGCGACCUGGAGCCCGGAAAGUUCUACCAGUUCAGCGUGCUGGCGCACAACCAGAUGGGCAGCGGGCCCUUCAGUUCCAUCCUCACCGUCCGCACGCAGUCCCCGUACGCCACGACGGCCGAGCCGCACGUGCGCGCGGGAUUCAACUCGGCCACGCUGCCUCCUCCGCGGUGCCUCACCGCCAACCAGACGGAGAGCGCCCUGCUGCUCGCGUGGCUACCGCCACUCAACCAGAGCGAGGCAGCCUUCAACUACAGCGUGGAGUCGCGACACCGCUGGGCGGGCUGGGAGGAGGUGGAGACCGUGGCCGGGUCGCACACCCAGGUGGAGCUGCGCGGGCUGCUCAAGACCACGUGGUACGAGUUCCGCGUGCUCGUGGUGGCUGAUGACGGCAUCAGCGAGCCCACCAACACGGUCACCGUGUGGAUGGCAGGGGCGCUGUCCCCCACACGGCCCGCCCUGGAAGUGCCUCAGCCGAUCCUUGCCGGGGUCAUCGCCGGCAUCUGCUUCCUGGCCAUCGCGGUCCUCUUCAGCACCGUGGCGGCGUGCCUCAUCAGCCGGCAGCGGCGCUCCCAGCGGCCCGUGCCUCACCUCUCCAUCACCCACUGUAAGAAGAGGACAGAAUCUGAGUCUUCUCUGGACAAAGCGAACGGAGCGGACCGGACGCGCGCCGGCUCGCGGGAAUCCCGCACGGGCCUCGAGACGGACGAUGACGACAACGACCAGGAGCCGUUCGGCGAGGCCAUGGGGGCGGCCGCGGCGGCCGUGGCGUCCGCCGACGGCUACGCCAGGACGGAGGGGGCGGGCGGGCCCGGCGACGGGCGGCACGCCGGCGGGCCGAAGUUGUCGCUCUACGAGAAGCUGACACGCGGCUCCGGCCACGGCCGCUACAGCGUCUCCAAGCACGAACGCGACGCGCGGCCCAUCGAGCUCAUCAGCCGCGGGCCCGACGGGCGCUUCACUGUGGACGGCGAGGAGGUGGAGGAGGUGCCGCCGUCCCGGCGAGCCGAGACGCAGGACGAGCGGAGUCCGCGGUCCGAGCGGAGGAUCCGGGGCUUCCCCUUUGUCCGCGACAUGGAGAUGUACCCGGAGUUCCAGCACUCGGACAUGGAAGGGGAGGCGGCGGCGGCUAUGGGGGGACCGCCGCGUGGCUCGCAGUUUGGCCGGGAGGUGAGCGGCACGUCCAGCCGCUCGCCAUACGCCCACCACGCUGAUGCCGGGAGGUCAAAGGGCAUGGAAGCAAGGCACCCCAGGGGUCAAGGGGAGGACUCGAGGUUCCUCUAUGGCAUCGGAGCGCAAAGGCAGCCGGAGUCGGAGGUGAUCGGCAUGCUCGAGGGGCCGCUCCCCAUGCCCAUUCGUCAGCGCAGAGCAGCCCACGAGCCCGGCCACGGCCACGGCCACGGCCACGGCGGUGUGGGCAGGCCCAGCGAGGGCUUCGAGAGCGCCGUUCCCAUCCUGCACGUGGAGAGCCGCCAGAGGUCCUUCUCUCCCGGCCAGUGGCGGAAGCUCGUGCUGUCCAUCAGCAGCGCGGGCACCUCGCCCGACCUCUCCUGCUCGCACCAGGCACCCAGCUCGCUCCUCGUCUACCCGCGGUCUCCUACCCGCUCCCCGGCGGGAUUCUCCGUCUCUCCGUCGCGCUCCGCGUUGGGAUACUCGUCGUCCCUGUCGCGCGCCGCCGCCGGUUACCCCGCGUCACCCACCAGGGGGGCGGCUGCGGGCUACCCGGCGGGACCGCCCCGCUCACCCGCGGGCUACGCCGUGGCGUCAUCGCCGCCGCGCACGCCGGCGCCGCGCUCGCUGGCGCCGCGCCGCACUGCCACGGCGUACUCGGUGUCGCCCCCCCAGUACUACAGUGUGUCGGGCUGGGAGGAGACGCGCAGCGGCGGCGGCACCUCGCCCAGCGGGGACAUCAAGGCACGGCUCAACGUGCCACCCAACUAUGAGGACCUGGUCCACCUGGAGCCACCGUCACCACGGCUCCAGCGCUCUCCCCGCAGCGGGCCGUCCUCCUCGGUCUCCUACUCGGGGACGCAGCCCGAGCUGCGCGCCGGCAUCAGGAUGUCGACAGCCAUGCCUCCCAGGGACAUUCGGAUGGGUCGGGAAGACAUCCCGUCCGCGAUCGCGGCUCUGGGCCCUUCGAGCGCGAUGAGCCAUGGUCCUCAGCCCUUCUCAGGGCCCGAGUACAGCGCCCCUCCCCCGUACCGCCCACCGCGGUUCCACCCGCCGGCCCUCGCACCCCGGUCGGAGCCGGGCGGUGCUGGCGCCGUUGCGGCAGCCGCCGGGAAGAGCAGGACAGAGCCGCGGGAAUUCUCCGCCUCGCCCAAGGGGGACGUCCUGCCCGGCACGUCGACCAGCGAGGGUUCGGCCGGCGUGGGGUCCUCCUCGGUGGGCGCUUCGCCGCGCUCGACGCGGCGGCCCGAAGCACGGGCGGCCUCGUCCACGAGGACGGAGGACAGCACGCCCGAGGAGGAGGACGAGGGGCUGAAGGAGGGGGCGUCGGCGUUUCGGAGGAAAAGCAGGUCGGAGGACCCCGGUGACGCUGGGGAUGCCCCCGGGCAGUUGAAACCAGCAGCGCCAGGGGGCGGCACGCCACGAAAAUCCUCGUUAAUUUAGAUCAGCGGAUCUCCUGACACGAUCCAUCACAAUCACCUGAGCUGCAAAUGCCUGAGAAAUUACUACCUCAGUACCAAGCACACGCUGCUUAGAGAGCGAGAGAGAGAGCGAGAGAGAGUGAGACAGAUACAUCUGUCAUGACGACUGAAGGGAAAUCUCCAAAACACACUCAUACACAGAGAUACAGCAGUAGUAGCAGCAGCAGCAGAGAAACAGGUGUGUGUGUGUGGCUCGCAGUAAGAGCUGAGGAACAUUGACAAACGCGACAAAUGUUGGCCAACUUUUAUCAGCCUUAAUUAAUAACAACAUAGCUCUAUGAACUUGAACAAAAAGGCACAUGACGACUACACCCGUGACAAGCAGCAGGUAAUGCCGUGGCGACGGUUGAAGCUCGGCGAUCAUCCACCGUCCUCGACGAAGGAAGAAACCCCCACGCUCUCGCCGGGGUUCUGGGAAGACGCUCGCUAUGCACCGCCAAUGUCGCUGCGCGCCUUGUCCCCCGGUGGGGGUGAGGGGUAGGGGGCGGGGGGGCCCAGCUGGGCUCGGUUGGGCGUCGCGGUGCCCCCCCCCCCCGUUCAGUUUCGUCGGCGCUCAGCCGACUACUCCGUGGCAGCCAUCUUGUUUCCCGAUCGCCCUCCACCUCGCGCACGCACGCUCGAGUUCCACAUGCUCCAAAUUGACAUACGGUUGUCGUGCGUACAGUGAAUUUUAUAAUAUAUUGUGCGUUAUUAUUUAAAACAAAAGUGCUAAUUAUUUGACAUAACCUGAAAUUUUUUUUUUUCAAAAUAAACUUACAGUGCUGAGUUUGGCUAAUUACUAGUUAAUGAACAUCUAAUUUAUUUCUACUGACACUUCAUGGUGUUUUGAUCAUUUGAAUGGUUUUAUGUGGCGUGUUUUGCAAAUACUCUACACCUAAACCCAACGUAGGUUACGUCUGUUUACAAGACAUUCAGUCAACUUCUCAUCUUUCGCCACUUAAAAGAAAGUGACUUCCAGACGUCGCGAACGAUUGGCGCGCUGCCGAAAUAAGUAGGCUGAGAGGUCUUGAUGAAAUCGAGACAUUAAUGAAAUAUAUAAAUACAGCAGUAUUCAAACGGUGCUCUUUAUUUAAUACAAGUUAGCCAAGUAGAUAUUGUAAUUUUGUGUUUAAAUUUUACGAAUAUAAAAUGCAUAUUUAUAAACAAAAAAUGUACUUAUUUGUACAUAGUACAGGAUCUAUGUCAACCGGGUGACGCCGCUUGCCCCGGUCGCUAACGCGGCACGCACUUAGUGUUGGCGGAAUGGUGCGGAACUAUCGCGACCCAUUGGUUACCACUCGCCGUGACACCACAUCCAUUGCUAAUGCUGACAGCUGUAGUAUUAAAGAGGCUAUUGCAACUGUGGCAUUGCGCGCACAUUCACACUCACCGGUGAGAUGGCCUAUGGUGCUGUAACUUUCACGUAUAGAGUUUUGUAACUGACCUGGUGCUACCGCUGCAUAAACGUUAUGAUACAACCCGCCCGGGAGGAAACAUCUCUGGAAUUCGUUCCGCACUGCGCGCGUGUGUUCGUGUAAAAUACGGCGUGUCUUUUAUGCCUUACGGAGAAAGUAGAAAAAAACUGCCUGUUUAUUCACCAACAUUGACGGACAUUACGAACGCCAAAUUAUUUUUGGGAAAAGCCGGCAGAAUUCAAACACGUGUAAAAUCAAAUACAGAGGAUAACCACGUUCUUGAACAAUAUUUUAAAAGACGCUCCAGAAAGUAACACGGAGGCUGCCCGAAAAUUGAGUCCGGUGUCAAUACAGUUACAUAGAUCUGGUGACAGACAAAGAUUCCCCACGUAGCCUUUCACAUACUGUUGGGGCAAGUGCUGUUAGCGAGCACCUAUGAAUGCAGACACGGCACACGUGGGGGUGGGUGACCAACACCAUGCCUUUGUUUCCCCAGUGAUGAUGUUUACACAUCGCCCCAGAUACUCAUUUGAGGCCGCGUAGACCUAGGGGAGGCCCAGGAGCGAUAUAAAUAUUCUCCACUGUAAUUGGCCUUGAGUGGGAAUUGAACUCGGGUUCAUAGUGCAAUGCGGUCACCACGAUGCUCCGCAUACGGAUUUAAACUAAUUUUAAUAUGCGUCGUCAAUUACAACAAUCAAAAUCGCAAAAGCUGCGUACAAAUAUGAAUUAUAACAUUAACAUUAUGUUGCAAGUUUUAACAGAUUUAUCAGCACACCUGCGGUUCAUGCCCUGCAAGUUAUACCGAGGAUAUACCUGCUGACAAUCACCUCCCUCACAAUGACAUGCCGUCACAGUCGUCAUACUGAAUACGAUCCACGCUGCAUUUGAUUUGUGUAUUGACGUUCGCUUCUCUAAAAAUACUCCUUAGUGAAAACGACAAGAGAGUUGUGCCGAGGAGAUGUUUCUUCACCGUGACCCUCUCGGUGCCAGACAGAGACCCACACUGACAUUCGGAGGCCGUCGAAAUGCAAAUCGUCUUCACGCGGCACCUUCAGCAGCGGCGUACGGCUCUCGGCGGUCGUUUUUUAUUUAUUUAUUGUGAAUACGAUUUCAUAGCCUGGGUGUGAACGGCACCGUUAGGGUUUUGUGGUGUUGUUUGUGUGCGCGGGGUUGUAAAAUGUAUGUCCAUGGCCUUUGAUAUAUUGGUGCAAGUAACAAAUAUGAAGCAAUAUUUAAUUUGCCAAAAUUUUGGAUUGUAAUUUUUUUUAUCGUACAAAAAAAGAAAAACCAUCCCUAAUCGCCUUUCUUUUCCAACCAAAUUUACACAGAACCCGAAGACGAAAAGAUCGCGCUGAAACGGCAACCAAAGACAGGUGACGCUGCGAGUUGCAGUGGCAAUCGCGAUACAAGAACCAACGGGGAUGAUGGGAAAACGGUGGAGAUUGCGGAUCCCUGGAGUGAGUGCAUCCUUCGAGCACGCGGCUCGCGUGAGCAGGACAUUGCAGGGCUGCGCAUUUUGCCGACCGUCGAUCUGCACGCUGUUCUUGCAACCAGUGAAUGGAUAUGAGAACUUUGAAGCGACCUGAUCAAAAUGUUUUCCGAUCUCCACCUUUCUCUUAUUCAUUGAACCAAAGGACUGCAAAGAGAUAUAUAAAAGAAAGUUUAUUUUUAGGCUCGUGUAAAACUGUGUAGCUGCUAUCAAAAAUGCUCAAAUGAUCACGUGUUAAAAUCUUACAUUUCAUUGCGGUUUGGUUGGAAAAGGGCCAGAUUCAAUAUUUUUUAAGUCAGCGCACUGUAAAUGUUCGGUAUAAGGCCUUCAUUAAUUAACGUUUCAAGGCUGUGUUAUUUUAUUGUCAGCUGCAGAGAUGAAGCAUUUUUCCUGCCGGUGCAAAAACCAAAAUAGCUGUGCUGAAUAUUUUUGCAGGAUGCUCAUCGCGGAACGUUCUUACUCCCGGUAUUUACUGCAUCUGGCCGGAUGGCUCGGUGGCAGAGUGAGCGGCUCGCAAUAGGGAAGGUUGUGAGUUCAAUUCAUGAUUGGGUGCUGACUGAGCCCAUCAUCUCUUUGGGGUCGAUCAAAUAAACACCACUUUAUCCAUAAUAGAGGGGUUUUUUUGUGAGAUCGCGUAAAUAUAAAUGUGUCGUUAAACCCUCCACCACCCGACAGCCAAUUAGUUAAGGUUUGUCACAUAAACUAAACAUGCCAGCUCGUGACUAGUUGAGCACACCGCUUGUGUGUUGGAGAGUAAACCCACAACAUUCACAACUUGAGUACCGUGACGUUUUUCCGGUAAUUACAACAACCCGCCUCAUCAUGCGACAACCACUUUGUGAGGAAGUCACCAGUGGUUGUCCUAUGGAUAGACUCGCCCCCGCCAUAGGAACGUGUAGUUUCCAUCACUGGCUCAGGGCUGUAGCCUGCAGAUGAGCACUGCCUCAGUGCUCAUUGUCGAAUCCCUUUGACUCGUUUCUGAUAAACAUUCCUCAAUCGGGCAUACUAGGCCGCUGCGAUGUCCAUGGCUGACAUUCUGAAUUGUCAAUUAACAUUACCUAGAGUGACAACGGCGAGCCAUGACAAGGGCACAAAGGAGACUUGCAGGAUUACAAAACUAAUUUUACAACCAAUUGUAAAAAAAAAUGUAAUAGAACAUCUAAAGAAUACAAAAAUAGACAAAAUUACAACUAAACUACUUUUUAUUUUACCAGGUAAGGCCCACUGAGCUAUGUAGCUCUUUUUUUCCAGAAGCGACCUGGCCACAAAUUAUAACCCAACGAAGUGGCUUGUUUCGUGUAAAUAUUUAUACCGGCAACCAAAUACUGUCACUAAUUUGACAAUUACUUUGGCAACACAACCAGCUAUAUAAUCAAACUUAAUUAGGAGCUUUCGUGACUGCAGGAAUUAUUCUUUGGUUCUUUCGGUAAAGUCACGUAUAAAGAUAAAACAAUAAAUUAAAUACUAGCAUACGACGUUUUUAUUGCAACACAAGCAAUCAUCAGGUAUAAAUUAAAUAGAAACACAAAUCUAGUAUACUUAGAAAUGUAAUGUAAUACAACAGAGAGUCGGAUAACAUAACAGUCAA